AUGAUUCUGCAGAGCCCCAGUCAGCUUGAGGGCUGUGAGAAGCCAGAAACCCUUCCAACCACCAAGAUGGCUCAGACCAACCCCAUGCCAGGGUCCAUAGGGCCAUGGAAGAUAACCAUCUAUGACCAGGAGAACUUCCAGGGCAAGAGGAUGGAGUUCACCAGCUCCUGCCCAAAUGUCUCUGAGCGCAAUUUUGAUAAUGUCCGGUCUCUCAAGGUGGAAUGUGGCGCCUGGAUUGGUUAUGAGCACACCAGCUUCUGUGGACAACAGUUUAUACUGGAGAGAGGAGAAUACCCUCGCUGGGAUGCCUGGAGCGGGAGUAAUGCCUACCACGUCGAGCGUCUCAUGUCCUUCCGCCCCAUCUGUUCAGCUAACCACAAGGAGUCUAAAAUUACCAUCUUUGAGAAAGAAAACUUUAUUGGGCGCCAGUGGGAGAUCUGUGAUGAUUACCCCUCUUUACAAGCGAUGGGUUGGUUCAACAACGAAGUUGGUUCCAUGAAGAUACAAUGUGGGGCUUGGGUGUGCUACCAGUAUCCUGGAUACCGUGGGUAUCAGUAUAUCUUGGAAUGUGACCAUCACGGAGGAGACUAUAAACACUGGAGAGAGUGGGGUUCUCACGCCCAGACUUCCCAGAUUCAAUCGAUUCGCCGUAUCCAACAAUAGUGGAUUAAAAGCACCAAGUAAGAGAAUUCCUCAAGCGUGAGACCUUGCUAAGCACUAACUUUGAAUGAGUUUUAUGUUCUGCUCAGAUACUGCUUCCAAAUGUUAGCUGCUGAAAUCAAUAAAUGUCAUUUAAGAAAAACUUUGUAGGCUGCAUUAAGUAGCAUGCUUUACACAAAUCACACUUAGAUGGCUGAGACUUUUGCAAGACAAGUUUUAAUAAGAUCCCAAACUCCCUUGUGUCCUUGCACAUCACUCUUACCAGGUCAAAUCAAAUGUUAUCAGAACUUACAGUGACACACGCACUUUUGGUGAAUGUUUUUUUCUCCACUUCCUCCUUUUCCUCUUACCUCAAGUCUUCAAAUACUCAUUAGCAAAGAUAAACAACGUCCAAGAAAUACAAAGUAGGUUAAUGGUCCAGAGUUAAUUAUUUGUGUUUACAGGCACAGAGAGUUGCUGAGGUUGCAGCUGGUUGUUAAUGUCAGUAUUGAUUUUUUUUCCCCCCACCUUGUGACAAAUCCCCUAGGCAAACCUAAGAAGUUUCUCAUAUGUGUACUGCCAGAUAUAUUUUUUUACAUAAAGCUAUGGAUAAACCAAGAAUCUCGGCAACUUAACAUUCUAGUUACUUAACUGCUUAAGCUCAAUUUUGGUUUAUUUCAAAUGAAGAGCAAUGAAGCUCAAUGUUCUGCCAAAAAAAAGCUGCUCUCACAUCUGUUUUAAUAAAGACACUAUUUUCUAAACACCUGAGCAACCCCUAUAAUUAAAAAA